CUGGUGCCCCGCUUGUCCCUGUAAAUUGGGUUGUGUCACUGAUGAUCAAAUGCCCGGGCUUCUGGACAGCUUGCCAAUACUGAAUCCUUCCCCUCACUGGGCAUUUAUGUACUGACCAACAUCCCGCAGCUAGCUUCUGCAGCUUCUAGCUUAGGUAUAACUCUCUUCUCCGUACUCCGUACUUGCGCAAACAACAGCAAUCAUCACCUGGUAACUAAGCAACCAUGGUCCAAUCCUCCGCCAUCACGGUAACAGCAGCUCUACUAGCAGCUUUGCCAGUUCACGCUGGUCUCUACAACAAGAACUCGCCUGUCGUUCAGGUGGAUGGGAAGAGCUAUGACCGCUUGAUUGCUCAAUCCAACUACACAUCAGUAAGUGUUCCAAGUUUCAAACUAAUGUAAACAAAUACAAUGUUGAUAUACCAACUCCAGAUUGUCGAAUUUUACGCACCAUGGUGUGGCCAUUGCAAGAACCUCCAACCCGCAUACGAAAAGGCCGCAAAGAGCCUAGCAGGACUAGCCAAGGUGGCAGCGGUCGACUGUGACGAAGAAUCGAAUAAGGCAUUCUGCGGAGGCUUCGGCGUACAAGGUUUCCCAACCCUCAAGAUUAUCAAACCCGGCAAGACACCUGGAAAACCAAUUGUCGAGGACUACAAUGGAGCUAGAACUGCCAAAGGAAUAGUCGAUGCCGUGGUAGAAAAGAUGCCAAAUCUUGUUAAGAAGGUGGAAGACAAGACAUUGGAGAAAUGGCUCGCUGAAGCAAACGAAACUGCCAAAGCUAUUUUGUUCACGGACAAGGGCAAGACGAGCGCAUUGAUGAAAUCGAUUGCCAUUGAUUUCAAGGGAAGCAUCCAGGUUGCUCAAAUCAGAAAUACCGACAAGGAGAAGGCAUCAAUGGAAUUAUUUGGCAUCACAAAAGUCCCAACUCUUUUGUUACUCCCGGGUGGAAAGGAAGCACAAGGGCUUGUGUAUGAUGGCGAGCUUAAGAAGGAACCUAUGGUCGAAUUUCUCUCACAAGCUGCGGAACCAAACCCAGAUCUAGCUCCCGCAAAAGCCAAGACAUUGAAAUCUAAAUCCAAACCCAAGGACACAGACUCAAAGAAGGCUUCCAAGGCACCAGCAGCCGCAGGUACCGCCACUGAGGAAGUUCUCGAGGAAGAAGUUACCGAGUCUCCAACACCAGAGGUUGAGACCCAAAAGCCAAUUGUUUUACCAGACCCAGCUCCUACAAUUUCAACUCUUGAAGAUGAAGCACAAUUAGCAGCCCACUGUCUAGGUAGGAAAAAUUAUCUACUAACAUUUUGUCACCCAAAAUCUGAUUUGAGGUAUACUAACUGAACUUUUUCGCACAGGUGAUCGUACAGGAACAUGUAUUUUGGCUUUACUCCCUGAAUCUCCAGAUGAAAUUGGCGCCAAAGCAGUCGUUUCUCUCUCCGAGAUCCAACACAAGUAUAAGUUGUUACACAGAAACAUCUUCCCCUUUUACGUCUUGUCAGCCAAGAAUCCCGGCUAUGCAAAAGUUAAGUCCGCAUUGAAAUUGGCUGAGGCUGAAUCACAAAUCAUUGCUAUCAAUGGACGACGAAGCUGGUGGCGCCAGAUUUCCGAAUCGGCGUUGGCGGAGAAGGAUGUAUCACAAGAAGCUAUCGAAGGUUUCGUAGACGCCAUUCGCUUGGGCGAAGGAGCCAAGCAAAAAUUGCCUGCUGGCUUGAUUCCAGAGGAAGCCGAAGAACCAUCUAAAGCUGAAGCCGAAGAACGCAAGCCCGAAGAGACUCCUGUCAUUGUUGAGGAGGUCAAGACAGAGAUCAAGGAUGAGCUAUAAUUGCUCGGUCCGCCAUCAUUUUCUGCGUUUAUUUGGGUGUAGUUAAUAGCCUGGGAGCUUGAUAUAGGCAUCCUUUGGAAAAAAUGAAAAAAAUAUGUUUCCUAGAA